AAUUUCCAGGCGCUGCCCAGACAGCCUCUUCAAAUCACCAAGAAGCAGUACAUCCACGGAACGGAGGAGGAGGUGGUGACAGUUCACCCUCGAGCCAUGUUCAUUCCUCAGAAGGGCUACACCUUCCUUGCUGCAGACUUCUGCCAGGUGGAGCUGCGUCUCUUAGCUCAUCUCUCCUCCGACCCUGAGCUGCUCCGCAUUUUUACCAACCCCCAGGCUGACGUCUUUACCAUGUUGGCCUCUCAGUGGAAGGGGAUAAGCGAGGGUCAGGUGACCUCUGAGGAUCGGGAACACGCUAAACGCAUCGUUUACUCCGUUGUGUACGGGGCAG